GAAGCCGCGGAGUCGGUCGGCUGAGCAUGGAGCACCCCAGGUGCCCCUCGGAGAGCAUCUACAACCUCAUCCCCCGCGCGGGGAAGGAGCCGCCGCAGCCCCCGCGGUACAAAUCAGUUUUUAAGGAAAUUAUAAAAGAUGACAUGAGAAAAUCUAAAGGUACAAUGAAAACUAUGGGACCUGCAAAACUUGAAGUGCCUUCUCCAAAGCAUUUCCUAAGGAAACAUUCAAGCGACAAACCUCUACCACCUAAAAAGAAGUUUAGUUGGACUGAAUCAAGAAAGCCUGCUGUGCCCUUGAGAACUGAUCACCCAAUCAUGGGAAUACAGAGUGGAAAAAACUUUAUAAACACAAAUGCAGCUGAUGUCAUAAUGGGCGUGGCUAAAAAGCCUAAGCCAAUUUAUGUUGACCGAAGAACCGGAGACAAGCAUGACCUGGAAACCUCAGGCCUACUUCCAAAGUACAUCAAUAAAAAGGAUUAUGGCGUUACACCUGAAUACAUAUGUAAACGAAAUGAGGAUGUAAAGAAAGCCCAAGAAGAGUAUGAUAAUUAUGUCCAGGAGAACCUGAGGAAGGCAGCUAUGAGGAGACUAUCAGAUGAAGAAAGGGAGGCAGUUCUUCAGGGGCUGAAAAAGAAUUGGGAAGAGGUGCACAGGGAGUUCCAGUCGCUGUCAGUGUUCAUCGAUUCCAUCCCAAAGAAGACUCGGAAGCAGAAGCUGGAGGAAGAGAUGAGACAGCUGGAACACGACAUCAGUGUCCUGGAGAAGCACAAAAUCAUAUACAUUGCUAACAAGUAGCCAUCAACUCAGUGCGGAGCAACGUCAUGCAGGAAAUAGCAUGGACCAUCAACAAGCAAAACUUUCAAGUUUUUCAAAUAGGAAAAUACCAGAAAGAGAAUAGAUAUAGUCCUAACCAAAUG